AGAACAAUAAACAGUCAAAUAUUUAUCUGCAGUCAAUAUCAGAGAUGUCAGUGUACAAAGAUAAAAGUCAUGAGGAACUUAGAUGGGAGGAUUAUCAACGCGGAGAUAAAGGAGGCCCAAAUUAUGCUGGACAAUUUGGAGCUGCCGUUAAUUUUCCCUCGUCAGAGAAAGCUAAUCCUUUUCGACUGACCAGUUCAAAUUCAUCUUACAACCAAACAUCUCCAUCUUCAUCAAUUGCACAAGACAGUGUGAAUCCAUCUUUCAACCGCACAAAUACUUUCUCGACUCCAGGACUGAGCAGUUUUAUUUCAUCUUCCAGCCAAAAAACUACAUUCUCAUCAUUUGCACAGAACACUGCGAAUCCGUCUUUCAACUUCACAACUACUUUCGCAACUCCAGGGCUGACCUGUGCUAAUCCUUUUCCACAAACCAGUUCUAAUUCAUUGUCCAACCAAACCCCUGCUUUCUCGCAAUUCACACAGAACAAUGCGAAUCCAUCUUUCAAUCACACACCUACAUUCACAACUUCAGGACUGAACAGAGCUAAUCCUUCUGCAGAAACCAGUAUUAAUUCAUCGUCCAACCAAACCCCUACUUUCUCUCAAUUUCAACAGAACAGUGCUAAUACAUCUUUCAAUUUCAAACCUACAUUCUCAACUUCAGGACAAACCGGGGCUAAUCCUUCUGCACAUACCAGUUCUAAUUCAUCGUUCAAUGAAACCUUCAGUUUUCCUUUCUCAAAGGAAGCAAAUCCUGGUGGCCAGACCAGCACUAACCCAUUCGCUACUGACUUUAUUUCCUCGAGCAAUUCAGUUUCCUGCUUACCAUUCUCUAUGCUGCCUAGCUCUUUUAGUUCGACCUCUUCCACUUUGAAUGGGGUUUCAACCAUCUCCUCGCCAUUCGAUACAUCUUCAACUCCAUCUAUUAUGCAGACAACAUCUCCAAUUUUUCUGUAUUUCAUAGUACCUCAAAGCCCACAGUUCACUACACCACCGAGCUCUUUUAGCUCAAUCUCUUCAACUUCGAUCGCCACCUCCACACCAUUCACUACAUCUUUACAAUUUCCUAUGGCCAGUCAAUGGAAUUCUGGUCAAACAAAUCCUUCGACUUUGCCUGCUUCUCAAGUGGCUAGCGCUGCUCAGACAUCAAGUUACGUAAUUCCGACACACCCAGCAUCUUCCACGUCCAACUGUGAGUUCAAAGCUCCUCAGGGUCUCUUUGCACAACUACCGAACACUAAGUGCAACAUGGUCACUGAACCAGUGUCUACAGCUAAUCCUUGGGGAACAUUGCCAGCACCACCUCGGAUCUUUUCUGGUCAAAGAGGCUCUGAACAUGUUCAAUAUGGGAUUUCUAGCAUGCCUGUUGCUGAGAAGUCCACGCCAACCAAAACAUCGAGCUUAUCAGCUCUUAGACACUUGUCUCAAAGAAGGAUUAGUUUGCCUCUGAGGAAAUAUAAUGCUAAAGUUGAUGGUCCAAAGGCAUCAUUCUUCAUGGAGGAUGAAGGACAACAGACAUCAUCAGGGGUUGAUAUAUUUUUCAAACCAAGGGAGAAGCCAAGAUCAUUCGUUAUUCGCCAAAGUGAACAGUGGCCCUCAAGAGCUAGCAUUGAGAGCCAGUCUAUUCCAACUAAUGAAAAUGAAAGCCCAGCAGGAAACACCUGUAUGAGAGAGAAGAAGCAGAAUUUAAUCACCAAUGGCCAUUUUCAUAAACUAACCGAUUCAUCAUACAUCAAUUUUAAAGUCUAUGAGCACUGUGAUGAUAUUGAUACUCUGAUGCCCAAACUUCCAAACACUGAGUACUACACCGAGCCAAGAAUCCCUGAGCUAGCUGCUAAGGAGAGACAAGAGCCAGGAUUCUGUUGCCAUGUGAAGGACUUUGUAAUUGGACGGCAUGGAUAUGGAAGUAUCAAGUUCAAAGGCGAGACUGAUGUCAGAUAUCUCGAUCUUGAGUCCAUUGUCCAGUUCAAUGACCGAGAGGUGAUUGUGUACAAAGACGAGAACAUGAAACCUCCGGUUGGAGAGGGACUCAACAAGCCAGCGGAGGUGACGCUUCUUAAUAUCAAGUGUGUUGACAAGAAGACAGGAGCGUGUUAUACUGAGGGGAUCAAGGUGGAGAAGUUUAAGGAGAAGUUGAUGAAGAAGACUGAGGAGCAGAAGGCUGAGUUUGUUUCAUUUAAUGCUGUUAAAGGGUUUUGGAAGUUUAGGGUUAAGCACUUCUAAUUGUUACAAGUCUGAAGAUGGAGAUUUGGUGAAUUGGUCUGCUGUGGAUAUGUAGCUUUGAGUUUUUGUUUUUUUUUUAAAUCCUUUUUAUUUUCCUUUUUGUCAAUUUUGUGCAUUUGUCAGAUAAAUAUUGCAUGGUUAUUUUUGUUUUAGUGCGGUGCUGAUGGU